AUGUCAACUGAAGCUUUCACCGAGUCAUGGCUUGAAGGGCCUAAAGCUACUCAAUUCUAUACGCGAACAUACCCGGCAUCUACUUCUCCACCUAAAGCUGUCGUCGUAUUCGUCCAUGGCUUUGCAGAACAUAUUGGGCGUUAUUCUCAUUUCCAUCCGAUUCUCGCAUCUCGUGGAAUAUCGGUUUUUGCCUAUGAUCAACGUGGUUUUGGAUUAACGGGGCAGGAUACGACUGGAAAGAAAAGCAAGUCAAGUGCUUAUGGCAAGACAUCCUGGAAAGAACAAAUGUUGGACAUCGACUGGGCAUUGGGACAUGUUAAGACCUCUUUUAAGGGUGUGCCUAUAUUUCUGAUGGGCCAUUCUAUGGGAGGCGGAGAGGUUUUGGGAUUCUGUGCUCAAGGCGAGAAUGGCCCCUAUAAAUCAACCUUGAGCUCCCUCUCCGGUGUCAUAUCGACUAGCCCACUCAUUUUGACUACGACACCGGCACCCAAAUUUCAACUGUGGAUCGGUAGCAAAUUGAGCGCAAUUUUACCAUCUACUCUGAUACCUGUUGGAGUGAAAGCUGAGCAACUGUCGCACGACCCAGAAGUCAACGGCGCAUACCUGAAAGACCCCUUGGUAAAACAAUCUGGAUCUCUCAAAGGAGUCAGCGACAUGCUUGCCAACGGGGAAAAAUUACUGUCAAGUGAUUAUGCAAAUUGGCCAAAGUAUCUUCCUGUGCUCAUUUUGCACGGCACUGAGGAUAAGGUAACCUCUCACAAGGCAUCAAAGGAAUUGCAAUCGAAACUUCCUGCAGAUUUCAAGGAACUGUCUCUCUACGAGGGAGGGUUUCACGAACUUCAAAAUGAACCUGAUGGCGUCAAGGAGAAGUUAGCUGAUGAAAUUAUUGCCUUCAUCGAAAAGCAUUUAUCAACGUCUGCAACAUAUGUUGUGCAGACUGAAAUGGUGCCCGUAGAGUCAUCAACUGAGCCAACAAUACCAACAGAGGCCUCAGUGGAACCCACUGGAGUCAGUCCAGCCAGGGCAAAGAUGUAA